AGGAAACUUCUUCCGACGAACCCCAACCCGCUGAGGAAAUCAUGUUUUCAAGAAAUUAGAAAUUUUGACAAAUCACCUUCUGUUUUGCGCGCGCUUAUUUCUCCAUUCAUUAUAAUUUUUCCCCACCACUUUAUAUCAUUCAUUGUGGCCGUGACAACUAGUACAUUCUCAUUUUGAAAUUGUAACUGACGCAGCUAUGCAUCGUGGAGCGAUGAGGAUGAGGCAGUUGUUGGCAGCUUCUCUCGUCUGCACCUCUGCUGUUCCUCACAUCAGUGUUUCCAACAUCGUUGCCGGCCUGCAGGUCCGCACGCAGUCACAGACGCAGCACAGGACGGUUGCCGCGAGGAAAACUACUACAACAAAAAAUGCGCGACGAGGAACUACUGCUGCCAGCAGCAGUAGAAGCAGCACGAUGGAAGUACUAGAACGUGAAGAAAAUUUCGCAUUGAACCAAGAUCAGCACGUCAGCGAUUCUUCUAUGCGGAAACUCCUCCCCGAGAUUCGGUUUGUACAACCUCCACCGGGUCCAAAAGAAGAAACUAUGCUAGGGACGAGUCGGAACAAGGAAGAGCUGGGCGCGCCUAUGCUGGGCUCGUCGGCACAACUAGGCGGCGGCGGAACGAGUCCUGACGAUGGUGCAGAAGUUCUCCAGGAAGAGGCUGACCCCGAGCUCACCCAAGUUGAGCCCGCCCUGGGCCUGAACGGCAAGCAGUUGAAGUUCAUCUCGUGUUGCGCGCUGUUCUGCACCUUGAUCACACUUUUCAUCACCUUUUACAUGUGCUUCACUCGGGAGCGCCCAUGCACCCGCGUGGGCUACGGCUGCCUGGCCUGCGAGCGGAUCGUGUUGCUGGAAGACGGGAGUUCGGCGAAGGCGGGCAGUAUUAAUAAAAGUGGAACAAAGGUCGUGAACCCGGCUGUCCAAGCCUCGCACGAACACGUAUGACAGUGCAUAACUCCCCCUCCCCCUCAUUCGUCAUGCAAACUACCCAAUCUUCCACGCUUUGCCUCUUGGCACUGUUUGCAUGACAAGUUCGGGUAGCCCAAAUAGCAUUAGGCUCUGGCUACACUCCAGUGCAGAUUUGUUAUGCAAAACCGGCAGUCGUCUUGCUGAUGCUUGUAUUGCCGUUCAUGCUAUACAAAUGAGGGGGAGGGGGAGUUGUGCACUUUCAUAACACGUCUACGACCUGCAGAAACACGAUCGGACCGUCAGCGCCCUAUCAAGUGCAACCUAUAUGUAGUCUGGGUCUGGAAUAAACUUGUGAUGCAACUGUGAGAAUGAUAAGGCAAACUCUAUUACUUCUGGGCCACGCAUGACAAGUUUCUGAGCGACGUACGUCUUUUAUAAACCGCAUGACGCACUGCCUUUUUGCAUUACACAAAAGAGGCAGUAUAAAGCAUCACGCAUUACAGAUUUUUCACACGUGUCUGUCACGCAUGACAAACCUUGCAUUCUUCCAGACCCAGACAUAUUUGCAGUUGAUACGCCCAGGCCAUCCACCAAACCGCUCACAGCCACGAGAGCGUCAUCCCGGCCCCGACAUCCACGGCUGUCGCAGAGGGCGAAUCGGACAACGACCCGAUGAUCGAAACGGGUGGUCGUGGUCAACACCGGACGCACGACCACGGACCAUCGGAGCACCACCACUACGGCUCUAUGACUCAGCGGGCCACCGACCGGCUCCACCAUGAUGCGCUGGGGGGUGCCGGCGUGCACGCCCACAGCCACGAAGACCAUGACCACCAGCACAUCACGGACAGUCCCAGCGUCUGGACCGGGGCCGGCUCUGCCGCGUCCUCCUCUGUGGCGGCAGGCCGGGCCGCGGGAGUGUCGGCGGGAGCUGCUAGUGGUGCAUCUUUGUCGAAAAAAUCUUCAGGCAGCAUGGUGCAGAUGAUGCCAGGCGCCGCGGCACCACCGCGAGUGAUGCUUCCGCAGCCCGAGGGCGAAGAACAAUCCGAGUACGAAGAGGGCAGUGGGGAGGAGUCCGACGACUCUUCUAGUGGUACUUCUUCCUCGUCGGAAAGCGACAGUGAGAGCGAAAGUCAGAGCGAGAGUUACACUGACGGGUCUUCCGGCCUGUUCUAUCAAUGA